AGCAGCGGCCGCAAGAUGGCUGUGCUGAACCCGGCUACAGGAGAACGUAUCUGCGAGGUGGAGGAGGGGGACGCGGAGGACGUAGAUAAGGCAGUGAGCUGCGCCAAGCGUGCCUUCCAGCUGGGAUCGCUAUGGAGACGGAUGGACGCAUCUGACCGGGGGCUGCUCCUCAACAGGCUGGCUGAUCUGGUGGAAAGAGACCGGCUCCUACUGGCUACUAUGGAAUCUAUAAACUCUGGGAAGCUGUUUUUGAUGGCCUACUUUGUGGAUCUCAUGGCCAGCAUAAAGACGCUGAGGUAUUAUGCAGGCUGGGCGGACAAGAUCCAGGGCAAAACUAUACCUGUAGAUGGGGAGUAUUUCACAUUCACGCGGCACGAGCCAGUUGGAGUGUGCGGUCAAAUUAUUCCUUGGAACUUCCCUCUGAUGAUGCUGGUGUGGAAAAUCGCUCCGGCACUGUGCUGUGGCAACACAGUGGUGCUGAAACCAGCUGAGCAGACGCCUCUCACCGCCCUGCACAUGGCCAAACUCAUUCUAGAGUCAGGAUUUCCUCCUGGUGUGGUUAACGUGGUGCCGGGAUAUGGGCCUACAGCUGGACAAGCCAUCGCCCACCACAUGGACAUUGACAAAGUGGCCUUCACUGGAUCCACUGAGGUUGGCAAGCUCAUUCAGAAAUCCGCUGGCGAAAGUAAUCUAAAACGAGUCACUUUGGAGCUGGGUGGAAAAAAUCCUAACAUUGUCUUUGCAGAUGCUGACUUGGAGCAUGCUGUGCAGCAGGCCCAUCAUGGACUGUUCUUUAACCAAGGCCAGUGCUGUAUGGCUGGCUCCAGGGUCUUUGUGGAAGAGCCCAUCUACGAUGAGUUUGUACGCCUCAGUGUGGAGAAAGCUCGCAAAAGGGUCCUGGGAAACCCUCUUCUGCCCAAUGUAGACCAAGGACCACAGAUUGACAGGAAACAGUACGAUAGAAUCCUGGAGUUGAUUGAGAGUGGCCGACGUGAGGGGGCACGACUGGAGUGCGGCGGGGGUCCUUGGGGCCAGAAGGGUCUCUACAUUCAGCCCACUGUCUUCUCUGAGGUCACAGAUGACAUGAGGAUUGCCAAAGAGGAGAUCUUUGGACCAGUGCAACUGAUCCUGAAGUUCAAGAGUAUGGAGGAGGUCAUCCAGAGAGCCAAUCACAGUCAGUACGGCCUGGCGGCCGGCGUUUUCACCUCAGACAUCAACAAAGCCCUGACCGCCUCCUCUGCGCUGCAGACAGGCACUGUGUGGGUGAACUGUUACAAUGCAAUGAGCGUACAGGCUCCAUUUGGAGGGUUUAAGAUGUCUGGCAAUGGGAGAGAACUGGGGGAGUACUGCCUGCAGGACUACACUGAAGUCAAGACUGUCACAGUAAAGAUCCCACAGAAAAACUCCUAA